UUUUUCCUGCAAAGUUCGAGACAGUGGGUUGAAACGGUUGGAUGUCCGUUUCGUCGUCUGGUAGUAGCCCUUUCGGUCUGAAAGGCUUCCAACCACGAUGGAAACGGGGCCUUUCUCGGUCUCGUUGACCUUCGGUCCAAGAGCCAAGCUCGGACAGAACGCCCCACCUGUUGACAUGAUCCUGCUUUCCAACGACUCUGUCGUAUUCUACACCUGCGAAACUACUCUUCUCAGCGUCUCCACGAACUCCUUCCGAAAUCUUCUUCCAUUCCCAACUCAGCAUGGAGACGGAAGCAUCAAUCCUUCUGAGAGAAUCCUCACUUUACCCGAAAUCCCCUCCUCCGAGCUCGAAAUUAUACUCUUAGCGAUCCAUAACAUCCCCCGAAAGAGCGCUUCAAACUCCCUCUUCGACGUCAACACACUCACUCGAGCCAUCGAUCGUCUCCCCGAAUAUGGAAUCUCUCCAGACGCUCGGAUCACUCCUACAUCUCAGAUAUAUCACCUAAUGCUAUCCUGUGCGCCUGUACACCCACUGGAAGUAUACGCGUUAGCAGCUCAGUACGAGAUACAUUCCCUAGCAGUGACUGUAUCGAGUCAUACGCUAGGUCUCGACCUUUCCGAGGUGAGUGCCGAGUUGUCGAGGAGAAUAGGUUCUGUUUAUCUUUUACGAUUGUUCCAAUUACACAUGGGGAGGACCGCGGAGUUGAAAGAUUUAUUGGCGACCGAGGUGGGGCUUCACAAUCCAACAGCCGUAUGCAAUUUUGCGAACCAGAGGAAGUUAAAGGACAUGUGGAACUUUGCGGUGGCUUCGUUGAUGUUUUUUAUCAAACCUGAUAUGACGACUGGGGCGAUUAGGGAGAUGGUCAUGGAACAUACAUCCGAGUUGACCUGUCCGGACUGUUUGAAACUCAGAGACUCUCUGCUAAAUCGGGUGAUUGCGGAAUGGUCAUUGGCAAGGCGUACGAUUUAACGUUCUAUCUAUAUCGCCGGGGUCUAGUACUGGUACUAGAGUACCUAUGUAAACGUUUGGCAUGGUACGUGUAUUCUACGUAUGAUAGUAGCAAUCCAUCUUCGUUGAGAGUCCGUCU